AUGUUUGAUCGGUUUGUUCUUGUGGCUGUUUCUGUGAUCAGUUUUCUACCCGGCAUCCAUGCGGUCACUGCUGAGCCUCCAAAAAAUGUCCAUCUCAGUUUCCUAAACCACUCUGGGCCGAUGUUGGCAGGUCAUCAGUACACUCUGCAGUGUACAGUCCACGAAGUUGCUCCUAUUGGUAACCUCAAUGUGACUUUCUACAGAGGACAGACAGAACUACAGAGACUACAGUCCAGCAACACAACAAAGGAGCCAGUGACUGAGACCUUCACCCUGGACAUCAACCCUAGUAAAGAUGAUGGAGGCCUGUACUGGUGUGAAGCCAAGCUAGACCUGGGAGCUGAAGGUCCACAGCCUCCUCCAGUGGUGAUGUCACAAAACAUCACCACCACUGUUUACUAUAAGCCUCAACUGAAGGGGUCUUCACAUCCAGAUCCAAUCACCGUCAUAGCAGGAAGCCCCCUACACCUGAACUGCUCUAGUGAGGGAAACCCCAGCCCCUCAUACACCUGGACGCUCCCGUCAGCCAGUCGUUCCCCCUUUAGUGGCGACACUCUCGAUAUUAAGUCUGUAACUUCUGUGGAUGGAGGACAGUACCUGUGUUUGGUCCAAAACGCUGCGGGGAAUGUUACUGUGAAGUUUACUGUGAUCCUCCAAAAAAUGUCCAUCUCAGCUUCCUAA